AUGCCACACGGGAAACGCCAUACCACUGUUGCCGCUGUGAAUGAUGGCGAUGAAAAUGACGGCUCUGCAUCAUCCUUCUCCGCCGCACACUUUGCCCACCAGCAAACGAAUAACGCAACAAAACAUUCAAACUGGUUCGACGAAGAAAUAGGAGGAGACGAAAAGGACGAGCAGCUGCUUAGCGCGAAGAAUCUAUUGGGCAAUACCAGAAGCAAACCUACCACUGCCAGGUCCACAGCAACAUCGAGCGGAGAUGUGGACGGCACAUAUCGUGGCACAGCAAACUACCAAUCCUUUAUCCAAAAGAAUCCCAACGCCCCUUCCAAGCAGUUCGGCCCCAUUAAGGCCGCCACAAAUAUUAGAACUAUCACUAUCACCGAUUAUUCCCCGGACGUCUGCAAGGAUUACAAGCUGACGGGAUACUGUGGGUUCGGGGAUGGGUGUAAAUUCCUACAUGCCCGGGAGGACUACAAGGCGGGCUGGGAGCUGGAUCGAGAUUGGGAGAUUGGGACAAAGGGAAAGAAGGUUGUGGGGCGUACGGUUGCGAGUCGGGCGUCGAAAACCGGAAAUGGAGAUGGGGAUGCGGACGCUAGUGGUGGCGAAGAUGAGGAUGAACUACUGGAGAACAUUCCGUUCGCAUGCGUGAUUUGCAAAAAGCCAUAUCAGGAGCCGAUUGUUACGAAGUGCGGGCAUUACUUCUGCGAGAGUUGUGCGUUACAACGGUAUAGGAAGAAUCCCUCGUGCGCGGCUUGCGGUGCUGGGACUGGCGGGGUGUUCAAUACGGCUAAGAAGUUGAGGAGGUUGCUUGAGAGGAAGAGAGAGCGGAUGAGGAGGAGAAAGGAGAAGGCGAUGGAGGAAGACGGAGAUGUAAGUGAGGAUGAGGAUGAGGGAGUAGGGGUCGGUGAGAGCGCAAGCGAAUAG